UUGAACGGCGCGGGGCGGCGGAUCCCGGCAGCGCGUGGGGGCCCCGCACAGCUGAGCUCACCCCGACUCUCCCUUCCCCAGCCGCUGGGUCCCCUUCUGAACUGGCCCUGACCCUGCGGUGGACUCGGCAACACCAUGCCCCGCCCCAAACCCACCCCCCGACGGCGCGGGCGUUCCCCAGCCCCCCCAUCGCCCCCGCGGCGGGCACGCAGGCGCCGCCCAGGGCAGCGGGCAUUGCAGGAGAUCCGCAAGUACCAGAGCAGCACCCGCCUGCUGCUGCGCCCCGGCCCCUUUGCCCGCCUGGUGCGGGAGAUCUGCCUGCUCUUCACCCGCGGGGUCGAUUACCGCUGGCAGAGCAUGGCCCUGCUGGCGCUGCAGGAGGCAGCAGAGGCCUUCAUGGUGAGGCUGUUGGAAGACGCAUACCUGUGCUCGCUGCACGCCCGCCGAGUCACCCUGUUCCCCAAGGAUCUGCAGCUGGCCCGGCGCCUGCGAGGGCCUGAAGCGGGGGGCAUCUGAAUGAGGACCCCCUGGGGAGUCUCUCCUGAUAAUUUCACACCCAUAAUCUUACUGGGACCUCCUAUGGGACCAUCAUGCUGAGACCCCCCCCCACCCAUAGGGGUCCCUCAAGCCCCCCCACGUGGACCCACCCCAUAGACUUCCCCACCUCAGGAUCCCCAACAACCCCUUCAGGGACCCAUCCCCGGGUGAAGGUCCCCUUCCUUUGUCCAGCACCUCUCAGAUUAUUGAGGACCCCUACCCAUGAUCCCCCUGGAACCCCCAUCACCAGGAUGCCAGUCCCAGGGAAGCCUACUCAGGACCUCCACCCUGCUGGAGACCCUCCCAGUUCUGCUGUACCCCAAUAAAUGUU